AUGCUUCCUCAAAGUGAUGGAAGAGGAAUACGGACCUACUCGCGCUCCGCCGGUAACCCCUUCAAGAUCAUAGACUUUUCCCCCCACCUCCACCCUAGCCUGUCGUCCUCUCCAGAUCGCCCAUCACUCCUUUGGGAUUCCAUCCUCCUAUACAUCGCGCAGGCACUCAUCCACUUGCAUCUUGGAUCGACAAUCGAACGCCUCCUCAGUGGGCGCGAGAUCCCUGAUGAGCCCCGUCCCAAAUAUCCACCCCACCUUUCUCUGGAUUCUCGCUGUGUUUCACCUGUUGGACAUGCGGUAGUCACGCUCCGUGGUGUGCGGAUUGCGCCUGCUUAG